AUGUCUUCGUUUCCCAAUGCGAAGAAGCUGCUUCGCGUUGGAAACGACGAAGAACAGCAUCAUCAUCAUCAUCGCGCGAGAGAGGAAGAGAAGAGAAGAAGACAAAGAACGGGUGAUGAUACUACGACUACUGUUGCGAAUAACGAUGAUGCCGAAAAGUCUGUGAUGAAAAUGAUUAAGAAAGCGCUGGUGCUGAUUUCGGAGAAGAUGUGUGAUGACACCAAAGGAGGAGAAAGCGACGCCGUCGCGCGAUUGGGAGCGUACCUCUCCGAAGGAAAGAAUUCGAACGUCGCGAUGAAAGACGGAAGCAAAGUUCAAUUUUUGCUCUCGAAGAUGCAACCUACGCGCGAAAGACGAUGGAUUCCGUCGGCGAAGAAUUUGUUGCGAUUGAAAUGUUUGAACGACGAGGGAAAAGAGAUUGAAAAAGAGAGCGAUACAGAGGAUACGAUUUUGUAUUUGGAGUGGAAGAGCGCGUUUUACGAGCAGUUAUGGAUGGAAGAGAGGACGUUGAGAGAGAAAAUGUCUUCGUCUUCGUCUUCGUCUUCGAAAUCGUCGUCGUCCUUCGUCGUUGGCGGGUCGAAGAGGAGCGACGAUAAAAGCUUGUCGAGUCCUGAUGGACCUUUGCUGAGAGAAGGGUACGCGAGGACGCCGAGUACGGCCGGGAAGACGAGCGAAAAGACGAUGAAUUCACUCGAUGGUGAGUUUGAGGAGUGCGAUUACAGAGAGUGGAAUCGUAUCACGAGGUCACCGGUUUUAAAAAAUACUCGCGCGUGCGCCGCCGCGCACUCGAAUCGAAGCAGCGUGGACGACGGUAACUUGGUCUUGCCCAUUUCCAAUUUGCUAGAGACGCUCGUGUUAGAAGAAAAAGAGGAAGGAGAGGAAGAAGAAGAGGGAUUGAGAGAAGAAGGCGUGAUAACGCCGCGUCCGACGAAUGACAAGAACAACCUCGGCGACGAGGACGACGACAAAAAUUUUCAGUUUACGUUUCGCACGCCGGAACAAUCGAAUAAAAAUAAAAAGGAUCCGCAACAUUUGACCCCACCGGGAGCACCAUUGCGCGUUAGAAAUAGUUUUAGGCGAGUUGAAGAAGAAGGAGGAGGAGGAGGAGGAGGAGUUGGAAGAGCUCAAUUCGGUACUUGGAACGCUGACUUUUGUACCAACUUCGAAUGCGGCGAAGAACAGGCGCCGAGGAGAUCUUUGUUUUAA